UGGCAUUGGUAAGAGCAAUAAGAAACUGAGUCUCGUGUUAUACCAUUUUUAGCAGCUCCGGCAUAUACGUUAUUUACAUUUUUUAAGCUGUGGAUUUUGAAUCGAUACUUGUGAAAAAUAACAAUAUAUACUUCUGGCUCUAAGAGCGGCCAAUUUAACAUGCUAGACUGAUUUUAAACCACCUUGUCCUAACUUUUUUCCACUCCAAUCGAUUUUUCUGACGCUACCUUUAUUCUUUUCAUCCUUACCUGGAUUAUCGGAAAAAACAAAGCAUUCUACUAAAUCGACAUUUCCAAUUCGGAGCAAGGAAGAGAUUAAUUUUCUAACUUCGUGUUUUUGUAUUGAUAAUUUAUCAAAAAAAGAAAACAGCACAAUCUAUCUUAUUUUCACAACUUUUAGUCUUUAUUGCUGCUCUAAAAACGGUACAUUAGCAUAUUGAUGAUGCGAAUGUUCUGAAUUAUAAUUAGUAUUCGUUAACUCUUUCUUGAAAUAUUCAUUUCAUGAUCGUCCCCGCGAAUUCAAAAAAGUAGAAAUUUACAAUUCAUUCAUUAGUGAACUUAGUGAUAACAGAAGACUCUUUUUCCCAUUCUUAAUUUUCAAAAGCUAAUACUUUUAGCCCGUUUUCAGUUCUAAACCCACUUUCAUAAAUAUUUUGGUUCUGUUAUCUUUCUCUCUUUACGGAAAAUAUUUACAAAACAGGCGAGGGCUUUACUGAUUUCUGAGAAAGUGCAAUUAUUUGUAAGAUUUCUCCCAUUCUAGAAGUUUGAAGUCUCUCGAAAGGAGUCAAAAUGUAGUCUUACAUUUAGCGUGGAUUGGAACCGGGCAAAUUGUAAACAUAACUUCUCAAAAUUUAGCCUCAAACUUAUAACAAGUUAAUACUUAUAACUUGAGUUUAUUUACCUAAGCUUCCCCGGUUCCGUGUAUUGCCUUGCGGCGUCAAGCGGGCAAAACUUAACCGGCUGAACGAAAAAUGCCCACAUUUGAACAAAACUCCUUUCAACUCCUGCACUUACUCUGCUCAACCGAACCAAAUAUCUGCUAAAGCUUGCUUGCAAUAAAUCUUGGACCGAAAUCGAACCUCAAAUAAAAGGCUCAAAAGCACGAAUAAAGGAAUCUAUUCUCGGGCUUAUUACUUUUUCCCCGCGUUCCUUUAUUUGUAUAUAUAGCUCCCCCUUUCACCUUUUAACCUCAUCCUUAAGCCCGUCAAUUCCACUAAAAAUCCACCACAUACAUCAAUUAUAACUUCACAAAUCAAGAAGAACUCGCUUGACAGUUCGACCAUUUUUGAUUAUUUUUAAAAAAUUCAUCAUAAAAUUCCGCAAGUGUCCUAAUAUUGUUUUAGUUUAAUUAACAUCCUUCCGCGAAUGAUCAUAAUCCGUAUAUAUCCACGAAGAACAUCCGGAUAUGGUGCCGGAAAAACGUCAAGCCACGUCAACAAUCGCUGGUACUACUUCCCGUUUUCAGUUACAGAUUUUAAGCCCACAGUGAUGUGGGAUCAACUAAACAGUCGCUAAUAAUGCAGGGUUAUCACAAACCAGGUCAACAGAGUUCAAACUGGGGUCAACCCCCUCCCCAAAACCCCCAUAUCCAACCGCAAUACCACACGCAACACUCCGCUGUCUCCGGAACAGCCGCACGAGGUGUUGCCGGAAACAAUGCACAGCAUCACCAACCACCUGUGAUGACUCAUCAUAACUCGUGGCCUUCGGGAUAUCCGACUAGUAGUUGUCAAAACCAACUCCCGAGCUACGCCUAUAACUCGGUAGUCUCGAAUGACCUAGGAAUGCAUCAUCUGCAACUAACAGUGCCUGGUUCUAGUCAAUAUCAUCACCAUCAUCAGCAGCAGUCGCAGUACCAUCCGCAAACGAGUCAUGUUUUGGAAGCUCAGGCCUCGCCCUAUGUCGACCCGAGUGCUGAGCAAGCAUACGACGCAGUUCACGCGAACUACCUGGCGCAGAUCGCUCAAGCUAACCAACUCGAGAUCCUCCUCGCUGCGGAGGCACAAUGUCAGCAUCAAGUUGCUGUCGCCGCGAUGCAAGCUCAUCAGAGACAGCUCACGCAUCUUUCGAACCAACACAUGAACGUCGGCAUAUCACCCUCCGGAACGCCAAUUGGAGUCCCUACAAUUCCUGCAACGUCUUUGGAAGACAUUUACUGUUCGAGCACAAGCGAGGCAAGUGGCCCGACUUCCAACGGUAUCUCGGGUCGCAUCCGAAACCCGAAUGGAAGUACUUUGUCCUUGAACAAUGAUUCAGAUUGUGUUUCUAACACGUCGACGAAUACGACAACUGGUGGCGCCGGCAGCACGAGUACGUCUGCAGCGGGGCGUCCAGUGGCUGUGAAGAAAUACGAAGUGAUCAGACCACUAGGGGUGGGAACGUACGGGAAGGUGAAACUGACAAAGGACGUGAACACGAAACAGUUGUUUGCGGUGAAGACGAUCAACCUGCGCAAGCUGCUGUCGUGUGACUCGGACGAGCUGGCCGGCAUCAAGCGGGAGAUCGAAAUCAUGAGCAGUCUACACCACCCGAACAUCAUACAUAUCAGAGAAGUCUUGGAGAACCAGGAGGCCAUCAUCAUUGUGAUGGAGUGUGCGGUGGGGGGAGAAUUGUUCCAACACCUGCACAGGGUGAAGCUGCUGUCGGAGAGCGAGGCACGUAGACUGUUCCGACAGACCGUAUCCGCUAUAUUCUACUGUCACUCCAAAUUGAUUGCACACCGUGAUUUGAAGCUGGAAAACAUACUUUUGGACGAACAUAUCAAUGUCAAAAUUGCUGAUUUCGGGCUGAGCAGUCCUUUCACCUUCGACGGCUACCUGACCACUUUCUGUGGGAGUCCCCUCUACGCAGCCCCAGAGAUAGUCACUGGCACACCUUACCACGGACCAGAGAUUGACUGCUGGAGCCUGGGAGUAAUUCUCUACAUUCUGGUGUAUGGCAAGAUGCCAUUCGAAGCCCCUGAUGGGACAAACUACCUGGCCGAGCUAUGUCGCAAAAUCAUCAAGGCCGAGUACCCCGAGCCACCCGAACCCUCCACUGCGCGUGACCUGAUUGGAAUCAUGCUUCGACCCAAUCCAGCUCAGAGAGGUACAAUUCAAGACAUAGCUCACCACUGGUGGAUGAAUGUGAGCUACAACCUACCAGUGACACACCUACCAGAAAACAGUCCAGCUAACAUACUAAGCGGAGCCUACACCACCAACAACAACAACACAGUCUCCUCGUCAUCUUCAUCAUCAUCAAACCAGAACAUUGUGACGUCUGCAGGCGGAGCUGUGAGUCAAUUGCCGGCCAAGUCAAAUGGAAUUAAGACGCAGUCAAUGUUUACACGGCCAAGGGGAGACGCCGCAGACCGACGAGGCUCUUACAAACGCCGGGCAAGUCAGAAAUCAACUUCAGUAUCAUCCUAUACUCAAAUUUUCCCGAACCUUGUCAGUAUUUACAAGGCCGAAACUAUCGACUUCUCGGAACAAGUUUCCAUAUUAGGAAAUGCGCUUCCACGUCUCGAGAACUCGUUGCGAGUGAUGGAACCCGACUCUGAUAUCGUGAACAAGCGAGGAAUAGUGAAGCGAAGGACAAAGCACAAAUAUGAAGGCAAUGAUUCGGGAUGCGUUUUGGAAGAGGAAGAAGAACCGAAUGCGUCAAUGUAUCCAAGGUCAAACUUGCUGCAAACAACGCAACCGGUGGAUAUGUGCAUGGCGCCGAGGAGUGACGGGUCAUCGUUGAGGAACUCAAACCACGGCAUGGGUUCUGGAACCCCAACGUCAGCAAGUUUGAGUUCCGGUACUUCUCAGAGACGCCAACCUAGAGGGAUUAGGAACGUGACGAUGUCAUCAUCUGCAAUAAAAAACAGUGCCAUGGAAACUUCGUCGUUACCGGGAUGCAAAACAGGGGUUUCAGGAUCUUCCAGAAGAUCCACAUGCGCUGCUGCAUUGACAACAUCGAGUAGGUCAGAAAGAGAAAGACGGGGAUCUUUUUCGAGUGUAAUGUCAGCUUUGGACAGCAAGCAGUACAAUUCUUCUGGCCAUAGCUUAAUACAUAGUGGUGCUAGUUCAAUAUCGAGUCAGAGAUCGGUUUCAUCUUCAAGACGAAGUUCGUUUUCGAGACAGAAAACAGUGCCUCCGGGUUAUACCGGAAUCUCAAACAUAACAAACUCAAAUAACAACCAAUAUCAAUUAAGUAAUGAUGUCGCACUAUCAACAAUUGCAACGUUACGACGCAGGUCGAGUUUGUACAAUUUAGAUCGAGCGCAAUCCUCGCAGGUGAAUUCACCUUUAAUGUCUCUAAACUCAAAAAGCUCUCGAACACGCGAACAAAGCUUGAGCAAAAACUCUAACUCCAGCCUGGCAGGAUCAGUACAUAGCAGUGGAAGAAAAUCAAUGGCUAUAAAUCGAUACGAAUUGACAAAUAAGACGAGGUCUUCUAAAUUCACAGACGAUGAGUCUGAUUACUACUCAAGCUCAGAUGUGCCAUACUCGGGACGCGAACGGGAAAUGGGAAUAAGCGACAUUCACGAGCGACGACCGCUCUCGCGACGAACAAGCUUUCGGCGAGCUGCUCAGCCUCCGGAUGAAAGCGCGACUGACGAUGGAUCCCACGAGGACCUUAGACGGUAUCCAGGAACUGCAAACGGGGCCGGAUCCCAACCGAAAUCCUCAUCCGGCAUGAAUCGUCGGCCCGUGAACUUCAGUCAGUCGGUUAAAGUUCGAGAAACAAAUAUUACGUCGGAUGAAGAAUCGACAGACGAAUUGCGCCACUCGAUCCAGCGUGCAUUGAGCAUGGCCACAAAACCAGAGACUAAAAACUACUUUUCAUCAAAGCGAUGACUGAAAAUACCUGCACAAAAAAAUCUUCCAAAACCAUUUAGUGCCUUAAAAUUCAAUCAAAUUGACGCAUAAAGUUCCAAAUUCUAGAAAAAAAGCACAAGAGAAAUUUAAACUUCUGAAACCUUCAAUGAAAAAAGAAAUAGCAGAAAAAAUUAGCCGAGUAGUUCCGAGCUUGUCUGACUUUCGACUUUUUGCUUAUCACUUAUAUGCCUGCCGAGUUAAAAAAAAAACUAACGAGAGAUAAAAACAAGCAACAAUU